AGAGAGAGAGAGAGAGAGAGAGAGACUGAAGCAGUCAGUGACGUCACAGCCACGGUCAAUACAUCACAUCUGGACUCGGACAACGAUGAAGCUUCUUCUGCUCGUGAGUUUCCUGAGUCUGUGGAGAAGAAGCGAUGGAACCGGUGCAGCCCUCAUCAACAUGGUGGUGAAAGAAGGGGAUGAUGCCAUUUUACCGUGUUCCAUCAGCAGCAGGAACAUCACGCAGGAUCUCUUCGACUGGAAGAAGGACAAGAAGGAGGUGUUCAUGUAUGAUAAGGGCAAAGUUUACGAUGAGGGAGAUUACCGUCAGGACGAGCAGUUCAGAGGUCGCGUCUUUCAUUUCCCAUACGAUCUGGAGGUGGGUAACGCCUCCAUAGUCAUCAGAGCCACCAAGUUGACUGACAGUGGAAACUACACCUGUGAUUUUCCACGUGUUCUUCCAAAGAGACGAUCGAACAUUGAGCUCGUCGUCGGAGCAGCUCCAAAACCGGUCAUCGUGAUACUUGGGAAACGAGACGGAGUUCAGCUGCAGUGUGAGGUUUAUGGUGCGUCUCCAAAACCUGAUGUUCAGUGGCAGAACAGAGCUGGAGACAUUGUUCCUGCUGAAGAACCUCAGGUCUCUGAAAGAGGAGGCAGCUACGACAUCAUCCUCCAAACGACUGUGACCAAGACCGACCUCUAUCGCUGUGUCUCCACACAGGAGGACAUCAACCACCAGAUAUUUACUGAGACAUAUGUCAUCGUCCCUGGAGCAGCUCAAGAGCCAUCUGUCACCAUACUCAAUGAAACUAAAGACUGGGCUCUGCUGCGUUGUGUCGUUCGAGGUGCGUCAAAACCUGAUGUUCAGUGGCUGAACAGAGCUGGAGACAUUGUUCCUGCUGAAGAACCUCAGGUCUCUGAAAGAGGAGGCAGCUACGACAUCAUCCUCCAAACGACUGUGACCAAGACCGACCACUAUCGCUGUGUCUCCACACAGGAGGACAUCAACCACCAGACUCAUGCUGAGAUCUUUGUGCUGAUGAACGGAGCAGCUCCAGAGCCGAACAUCAAGAUACUUGGUGAAACAAAGGAAGGAGUUCAGCUGCAGUGUUCUGUUCGAGGUGCGUCUCCAAAACCUGAUGUUCAGUGGCAGAACAGAGCUGGAGACAUUGUUCCUGCUGAAGAACCUCAGGUCUCUGAAAGAGGAGGCAGCUACGACAUCAUCCUCCAAACGACUGUGACCAAGACCGACCACUAUCGCUGUGUCUCCACACAGGAGGACAUCAACCACCAGACUCAUGCUGAGAUCUUUGUGCUGAUGAACGGUGCAGCCCUCAUCAACAUGGUGGUGAAAGAAGGGAAUGAUGCCAUUUUACCGUGUUCCAUCAGCAGCAGGGACAUCACGCAGGAGCUCUUCGACUGGAAGAAGGACAAGAAGGACAAGAAGGACAAAGACCAGGAGGUGUUCAUGUAUGAUAAGGGCAAAGUUUACGAUGAGGGAGAUUACCGUCAGGACGAGCAGUUCAGAGGUCGCGUCUUUCAUUUCCCAGAACAUCUGGAGGUGGGUAACGCCUCCAUAGUCAUCAGAGCCACCAAGUUGACUGACAGUGGAAACUACACCUGUGAUUUUCCACGUCUUCUUCCAAAGAGACGAUCGAACAUUGAGCUCGUCGUCGAUCCCAUCUUAAAAGACCGAAGUGAUGAGAACAUCUCGGGAGCAGCUCCAAAACCAUCUGUCACAAUACUCGAUGAAACUCAGACCUGGGCUCUGCUGAGUUGUGAGGUUCAUGGUGCGUCUCCAAAACCUGAUGUUCAGUGGCAGAACAGAGCUGGAGACAUUGUUCCUGCUGAAGAACCUCAGGUCUCUGAAAGAGGAGGCAGCUACGACAUCAUCCUCCAAACGACUGUGACCAAGACCGACCUCUAUCGCUGUGUCUCCACACAGGAGGAGAUCAACCACCAGACUCAUGCUGAGAUCUUUGUGCUGAUGAACGGUCAGUUGUAUUUUAAUCUCCAGAUCAUUGUUCUUUGGAGUUUCUACAUGUUUUCAUGUUGAAUAGAAAGUUUCAGU